AUGCUAAAAGCCGCAAAAACAUAUAAAAUGAGCUUCGCCCCGAGAAAACUGUCCACUCACCUUAAACAACAACUCCCUGCAUGGUUUCACAUGGGAGUACCCCCACGCACAUACAACAAACUGCGUGACACCUGUUUACAAAACAGCCAUACAGCCAAAUCGAUCAAAGACCUACAAACAAUAAGCAAAAGACUCACAAAUGACCCCACACACCACACAAGAAGUAACUGCGCAUGCGAUCAAUGUAAAAUAGAUAGAAGAGAUGGCUGCAAAAACCCACAUAAAUGCGCAAACACGGCCGCGAACAUACUGACCAAAUUAACCCCAAAACUCAAUCCCUCACAUAUCCCGCCAGACGACAAUCUAACACUUACACACCAGAGAAAAGAAAAAAACGAAAGAGCAGUAAACCAGAGGAACAGCGACAUAAUGUUCGAUCCAUCGGUGACGGAGAACUUGAACCUAACAGAAUGCUUUAGAAUAUUCACCGAAAACAACACAUACUUACAAAACCCAGCACACAGACACCCAAGACCA